AUGGAUUAUGUUUGGUUAAAUUAUACGACAGUGCCUACGACAACAAAAUUGCACGCGGCCGCUACUGUAGAUCAUGAAACGAGUGUUAAACAAAAUAUUAUUGAACGAUCUUGGAACGCAUUGCUCGAUCUUAUCGGCGAUGAUCCAGACAUGCUGUACGUUUGGUACUUAUCCAUUUACACCUACGGACUGUACUGGACCUUGGGAGGACUUUUCUUAACGAUGGACCUCACGAACCGGCCCAAGUUCAUGCGCAAGUACAAAACGCAACCAGGGACCCACGAACCGUUAGAAUGGGAACGCUUCAAGCAGCUCGUCAAAACGGUCGUCUUCAACCAGAUCUUUCUAGGCUUCCCAGUUACGUACGCCGCGUAUCACGGUAGCAAAAUGUUCAUCACCAUGCCGGAUGUUCGCGUUGUGCCGUCGUUGGUUGAGUUUUUGCGCGAUAUGAUCAUCUGCAUUCUGGCGUGGGAAACAUCAGCCUACUACUCCCACCGGAUGUUCCAUAGUCGCCGCUUUUAUCAGCGAUUCCACAAACUGCACCACGAAUGGCGAGCGCCAGUGGCUGUGACAGGGAUGUACGUUACUCCGUUUGAAUUUCUGCUUAGUGGCAUGCUGCCGGUGUUCCUUGGUCCGGCAAUUACGAGAUGUCGUCUGUUCACAACCGUCCUGUGGGUAACGUUCGUUAUGUGGGAUACCAUCGGAGAUCACUCCGGUUACCACCUACCAUUUUUGAGUAGCUCUGAGGCUCACGACUAUCAUCACCAAAAUUUCAACCAGUGCUACGGAAAUUUUGGAUUGUACGAUCAUCUCCAUGGUACCAACGACGAGUUUCGGAAAAGAAAACAAUACCAAAGAGACCAUCGAAUUUUCAGCUUCAAAUCUGCCAGGGAGCUUGUACCGGACAAAUAG